AUGGCCGAGAACAACCCUAGGGAUUGGCACGAAAGGUUAUCCAAGGCGCUUUGGGCAGAUCGAACGUCGAAGAAAACAUCCAUCGGUACUACCCCUUUCGCAUUAACAUACGGCCACGAUGCAGUUCUGCCAGUCGAAAUCAAUGUGCAAUCUCUACGCAUAGAAAGACAACCUGACAUGGAUGACACAGCUUAUGUCGAGUCCAUGAUGAAGGAAUUGGAGGAGUUAAGCCCGAUUCGGGCCAAGGCCUUAAAUCAUCUCAUGGUGGGUAAACAGGCGGUGGCUCGGGCUUAUAACAAAAGGGUCCGAGGAAAGACGUUCGAAGAAGGAGAGCUCGUCUGGCGUGCUAUUUUACCCCUAGGAGCCCACGUGUCAGGAUUUGGGAAAUGGAGCCCAACUUGGGAAGGUCCAUUUGUGGUCCACAGAAUCCUGGGAAAAGGGGAUUACUUGCUGCAAGAUAGGGACGGAACCCUUCACCAGCACCCUAUAAACGGACAGUGGUUAAAGAAGUUUAUUCCUUCUUUAUGGGAAACAACAGGCAUCGAUCUUAGUAAUGACUAA